ACAGAAGGCAUAUAUUUGAGCGCGGGUUUUUUCCAAGGUUUCGUCUGUCUCCUGAAUUUCCAACCACUUUAAUGCAGCCACGACAUUUGGACAAGUCAGACGAAUCAUCUAACUUGUCGGACGAUGAUUAUGUUCCUUAUAUACCAGUGAAGCAACGUAAACAACAGGAGGUAAUGUGCUUCAUCUUUCAUUCAGCGAUAUAUUUGAUAACAAUCCUUGGUUUUAAGUGUUUGAGGAGACUACGAAAAGCCGAAUAUUCUUAUGUUUGGAUUACCAUAGAAAGCAUUUGGUUUUUAAACAAUAUAAAUAAGUGUUUCACUCUUGAUUUCUACGUGGCCUAGGAAUGUUUCUCAUGUAAACUGUAUUUAUUUUUAUUACUCUGAGUAUUGUUGUUUACUUUCAAGUAAGAAGUCAUUGAAAACAAGAAUUAUUUGUAGGUAGUUUAUCGAUCCAAAGUCUUGGAAAUAUUUUAUGUGUGUGCAGUUGUAAUACAAUUCUAUCCCCUUAAUGCUUGGAGCAAUAGUUUGGACCAUUCAAUACAUUUAUUUAUCUUUUAUUUGUUUAAACACAUAAACAUUGGUACAAGGAGGCACCAAAUAGAUAUGCACCACACAAAUCAUUAGACUUGUGUGAGGGUUGGAAUACUGCCCGGGUGCCCAGAUCGAAGUUGAUUUUCUCAGGGGACCACACCCGGAGCCUUCAACCUAAAGGCCUAGUCCACAAGGCAGUGGAGCAACGUAAGGGGAUGUAGUCCCAUGGUAGCUGGCGACCAACAAUUAUUCAUACGCCAUUUGUUCCUUCAGGAUCCUGGAGCCUAUUUACACCAUUGGUUUGGAACCAGAGUUUCUCAACUCCUCUAGAUGGGUCCUCCAUAUCCACCAUCCCGGUUAAAGCGCCGGACAUUCGCUUUUCGUCCUUUCAGUUUCGUAAACAACAGUGAGUAGGACUUCCCUGGCAAAAUGGCAAAUAGUUAAUAUGCAUUUGAUCGUAAUGUGAAUCCUAAAAAGAAGUUGGUGUAUCAGUCACUUUACUAACUCGACUGGUUAUGUAAACAUCAGAUGGAACGAGUUAUUAAUAAUAUCUUAGGGUUGAUGCUUAACUUCGGACUACCUCUCGGAAGUUGUUCUGCUUAUUUUGUCUACGUCAUAUUCACCUACUAAGCUUGGACCAUAUUUGUGAAACUUAGUGUGAGCUGUUUCUGUUAAAAUGAAAAGUAAAACUUUGUCUAAUAUCAGAUUCGGUAUACAAAUUCAAAAUAUGUUGGUUCUUAUUUCUAUGGUUGAUAUCAAGUGUUCGUUUUGACUAUAUUUCUUACUGUAAUGUUAUCAUAUCAGUCUAUUGUACUUAUGUUUAUUUGUUUUGACAAAGAGGUCAUUAUGAAUUAGUUUUUGUCGCAGUAAUUAGCUAUCAAUUCAUUCAAUUUGCUUUGAGAUACUUCUAAUAUAAGCAUUUCACUUUUUAUAGGGCUUCUCAAACCGAGAUAAGUGGGAUGAAGUUCAUUCCUCACCUGUUAAAAACGUACUUCUAGUGGUAUCGAGUGGAUAAACAAUAAGCUGAAAUCCAAACAAAUUCGUUUGUUAUUAAAUAUUUGUUGAGUGAAGGUUCAAGCAUUUAAAUACAUACAUCAGUUUACUCAAAUAUCAGAUAAUUUUGUUUGACUGCUUCAGAACUAGGAAGAUAUUGCUGACUUGUUCAAAUCGAUAGAAAUAAAAUAUGGUUUAAACACUUACAAUUCUGUCAAAACUAAUGAUCCAUAUAUGCACUGUUGGACGUGUUCAGGUUCAGCUAGUAUAUUCAUUAAGAUGAGACUCGUUUUGUGUGUUAACUAGACGAGCUCAGCGGUUUAAGGACUGAUUGGUUUGGAUUUCAGGCAUUCGAUCUCAGGUUCGAGUUCCAUCUCACUCAUUUAAAUCUAAAAAAACUGGGUAAUAUCAUCACCCUUUGCAUAAAAGUGUUUUCCAGAGUUUGAUCACUAAGUUAUCAAAACGAACUGUUUGCUUAUAUCAGACGUAUAAACGUGGUUUUGUGCUAGUAAUAAAGUUUCUGUACUACUAGUUUCAUUAGUCAUAAGUAUUCAAUUUCUCCCACUUCAGCUUACUUCACUGCAGCGUGUAUUAGGUAACCUUGCGUACACUGAAGUACCUGAGGAGGAACUAGACCAGGGUAACACAGCAGAACAAGUUGAAGAUGAUCCGGAGGGUAUGACAAAAAAGUCAUCUGAUGAUAAACAUCAUGGACCUAAUGCCCAGGGUAGUUUAUUUGAUAGAAUGUGGGAAUUAAAGCGAAAAGCUGAAGAAAGGAAGGAGACAGAGCGGGAUAAAAAAUUAAAGGAAGAAGCUAAGAUUUUAGAAAGUGUUGCUGAAAAGACCGCUUUAAAAGGUGUUGCAGAACUAGCAAAAGGUAUCCAGUAUGAUAAACCAAUUCAAACCAGCUGGGUACCACCUGUUUAUAUCCGGGAACAAAGUGAAGGGAAAUCUGAAGAAAUCCGCAAAAAGUUUCGAAUUUUGACCGAAGGUGAUGAUGUACCUGCUCCUAUCCGACAUUUUAGUGAAAUGUGUUUUCCAAAGGCUUUAAUUGAUUUACUAAAACUACGUGGAAUAACAAAACCUACACCGAUUCAAAUGCAAGGUUUACCAGCUGUAUUAAGUGGUCGAGAUAUGAUUGGAAUUGCAUUCACCGGCUCCGGAAAAACAAUGGUGUUCUCAAUACCAGUUAUAUUAUUUUCUAUGGAUCAAGAACAGAAAAUUCCAUUUAUUCAAAAUGAAGGACCUUACGGUUUAGUUUUAGGUCCAUCUCGUGAAUUAGCUCGACAAACACAUGAAGUAAUCUGUAGUCUUAUUGAUGGUUUAGUCAAAGCUGGUUUCCCAUCUAUUCGUUGUUGCUUAUGUAUUGGUGGUAUGGCUGUUAAAGAACAAGCAGAUAUUGUUAAAAGAUCUGGUGUUCAUAUUUUGGUUGCUACACCAGGUCGUUUAAUAGAUUUACUUCAACGUAAAAUGAUUAAUUUAGAAGUAUGUCGUUAUCUUGUUUUGGAUGAAGCUGAUAGAAUGAUUGAUAUGGGUUUUGAAGAAGAAGUCCGAACUAUAUUCUCCUAUUUUAAGGGACAACGUCAAACACUUUUGUUCUCUGCUACUAUGCCGAAAAAAAUACAAAAUUUCGCUAAAUCAGCCUUGGUAAAACCCGUCACUGUUAAUGUUGGCCGAGCUGGAGCAGCUAGUAUGAAUGUCACUCAGGAAGUAGAAUAUGUGAAACAUGAAGCGAAAAUUCCUCAUUUACUUGAUGCUUUACAAAAAACUCCACCUCCUGUUAUUAUAUUUGCUGAGCGUAAACAAGAUGUGGAUGCUAUACAUGAGUAUCUUCUUUUGAAAGGUGUUGAAGCAGUUAGUAUUCAUGGUGGAAAAGAUCAAGAUGAACGUGUAUCAGCUGUUACAGAAUUUAGAGCACAUCAUCGUGAUGUUUUAGUUGCUACAGAUGUGGCUAGUAAAGGUUUGGAUUUUCCAGAAAUUAAUCACGUGAUCAACUAUGAUAUGCCUGAAGACAUUGAAAAUUAUGUACAUCGCAUCGGUCGUACUGGUCGUGGUCAUCAACGUGGUUUAGCCACAACAUUUAUUAAUAAAUCAGUUGAUGAAUCCACUUUAUUAGAUUUAAAACAUUUACUCAUAGAGGCUAAUCAACCUGUUCCAGAAUUUCUUGUUGAAUUGGCAUCAGCUACUGAAGUUGAACUUGAAAUGGGUGGUGAAGUUGGCUGUGCAUAUUGUGGUGGUUUAGGUCAUCGUAUAACACAUUGUCCAAAAUUAGAAGCAAUGCAAAAUAAAGCUGCUAUUAAUCUGGGUCGUAAAGAUUUCUUGUCUUCUGCAGAUUAUUAACAAAUUACCAUUAUUAUCAUUAUCAUCUGAUAAGCGGAAUACAGCUAAACACUUGAUAGUUACUGUAAAUAAUUUCUAAAUUUAAUUUGUAAAUAAAAUCUUCAAUUGACGUUCAU